CACUUCCUGUAAAGCUGAAGGGUGGGACAGGCGGAAGCUGGGUCCUGCCGUGCUAGUAUUUUUCUCUCGCUGUGCAGUUGGACUGGUAUUUAUCACUCAACAUGCCGGCGUAUCACUCGGGGCUGAUGGUCCCCGACACCAGGCUGGUGGGGAACAUGGCUUUGCUUCCUCUUAAAACCCAGUUCAAGGGACCUGCUCGAGGAGACGGUAUAGAGUCGGACAUCAUUGACGAGGCCAUCUACUACUUCAAGGCCAAUGUUUUCUUUAAGAACUACGAAAUCAAGAAUGAGGCGGACAGGACGCUGAUUUAUGUCACACUGUACAUCUCUGAAUGCCUGAAGAGGCUACAGAAGUGCAGCUCCAGGAGCCAGGGAGAGAAGGAGAUGUACACUCUGGGCAUUACUAACUUCCCCAUUCCUGGAGAACCUGGCUUCCCUCUCAAUGCUAUGUAUGUUAAACCUGCAAACAAGCAAGAGGACGAGACUAUGAGGGCGUACCUCCAGCAGAUCCGCCAGGAGACCGGCUUGAGGCUAUGUGAUCGCGUGUUUGAUCCCCAGACAGACAAACCCAGCAAGUGGUGGGUGUGCUUUGUCAAAAGGCAGUUCAUGAACAAAAGUCUGUCUGCUCCUGGACAGUGAGCCAAUCAGGACUCAGUUUCUGUUCUACACCUGCAAGAUGGAAGGGUUUUUCUUUGGGGGGGGGG